AUGAUAGCCAUCGGCCUCGAAGGCUCCGCCAACAAGAUCGGCAUCGGCAUAAUAUCCCACUCUCCUUCUGAGCCCCCCGUCAUCCUCGCAAACCUCCGACACACCUACAACUCACCACCGGGCGAAGGCUUCCUCCCCAAAGACACGGCCCUCCACCACCGUGCAUGGGUCGUUCGCCUCAUAAAGCAAGCCAUCCGACAAGCCCGCAUCAAGAUCUCCGACAUAGACUGCAUAUGCUACACGAAGGGGCCCGGCAUGGGCGCACCCUUGCAGAGCGUCGCGCUCGCGGCGCGAACGUGCGCAUUACUAUGGGGCAAGCCGCUCGUAGGCGUGAAUCAUUGCGUUGGGCACAUCGAGAUGGGUCGGAGUAUCACAGGGGCAGAGAACCCCGUUGUGCUGUACGUUUCGGGGGGAAACACGCAGGUCAUUGCGUACUCUGCGAACCGGUACCGGAUUUUUGGCGAGACGCUGGACAUCGCGAUUGGAAACUGCAUUGAUCGGUUUGCGCGCACGCUGAUGAUUCCGAACGAUCCGUUUCCCGGCUACAACGUAGAGCAGCUGGCGAAGAAGGGGAAGAACUUUGUGGAGUUGCCGUAUGCGGUGAAGGGCAUGGAUGCGAGCUUUUCAGGUAUAUUAGCGGCAGCGGAUGUCCUUGCUAAAGGACUCGACGAAAGUUUACCAGAUGAGAAGAGGUUAAAGACGGAAGAUGGGGAGCUGGUCACUAGAGCGGAUCUAUGCUUCUCGUUGCAAGAGACGAUUUACGCUAUGUUGAUUGAGAUCACGGAGCGCGCCAUGGCACAUGUAGGGAGUAAGCAGGUCCUCGUGGUUGGGGGCGUGGGUUCCAACGAGCGUUUACAGCAGAUGAUGGGCAUAAUGGCAAGAGAUAGGGGAGGCAGUGUUUUUGCGACUGAUGAGCGGUUCUGCAUCGACAACGGGAUCAUGAUUGCGCAUGCGGGCCUAUUGGAAUAUCAGACAGGCGUCACGACCAAGCUGGAAGAUAGCACAUGCACGCAGAGGUUCAGGACAGAUGAGGUGUAUGUGGGAUGGAGGGAGUAG